AUGACAAAUCCAAAUGCUAAACAGGAUGUCAGUCUGUAUUACCGAGGGAACAAGUUUGAGGCUACUCCCAGCCAAAGUGCAAAGAUUAGUACUGCUUUUAGUGCUGAUGGUUUUUCAAAAGUUUCAAGGUUUCCAAUUGCUCAAGCGGAACUUGAGACUGGAACAACUACUCGGCCACCAAAGUUGAAAGGGGCUGAAGACUUUAGCACUUGGAAGACUCGCAUUCAAUCGUUCUUCAAGUACACGGACAACAAUCUGUGGCUCUCUGUCACCGCUGGACCCCACAUUCCAACGGUUAUUCGAGGAGAUGCGGUAGUUGACACCAAUGAUGCAACUACCUUUACUGAUGAAGACAAGUCUCUAAUCCAACAUGAUCAUCAUGCUCAUGCUGCCUUAACCAUGGCACUAUCAACUAAUGACUGCAACAUGUUUGAAGAACACCGAACUGCAAAUGCACUCUGCAAUGCAUUGAUUGAGUACUAUGAGGGAAAUGAAGAGUUGAUCGAAAGCAAGAGAGAUAUGGUGCAGAAACAAUAUGACAUGUUUUGUGGAGUUCGUGGAGAAAGUCUUUCCGAUCACAUCAGUCGCUUUCUGAAUAUGAUGACCAAAAUGAAAAAGGCUGGAAAUCCUGUCACAAACCGUGCUGCAAUAAAGAAGCUGCUAGAUUCACUACCCAAGGAAUGGAGCCUACAAUGCAUGAUGAUCAAGAAGGAUUUCCUCAACAAUCCAAAUCCUGUCACUCUGUCCGACUUGAUUAACACCCUAAGAGCCUUUGAAAUGGAUGUCAACAAAAGAGAGAUGAACACUGCUGGUUACCCACCAAAGUCAACUCAAACCUCUGCCGGAUUGAAAAACGUAGCAUUUCUUGCUUCAGGUGGCAUCACUCCACAAGCUUCUGAUUUAAUCUAUGCAAACGCUUCCGCAAGCGCAUCGAAAGCUCCACAACCCAGUGAAAAGACCAUCUCAGUUGGUGAUACACAAGCGUUGAAGGUGUCUACUGAAAACGUGGCACUGUUCAACAUGUUUCUAAGCAGCUAUGAAGCUUUGAUGUCUGGAGAACUGAAGAAGGAAAUGCUCACUGCCGAAGACAUGUAUCAGAAUCGGGGCCAUUUCAAGCGUGAUUGUCCUCUGUUGAAGGAAGGAAACAGUGAAACCACUCCUGCUGUAAAGCAAAUCACAGUUGAAGAAAACAAGAGCAACGCAUCUCCCAACACGCCAAAAGCUUUAGUCGUCGAAGACUAUGAUUGGAGUGAAGAAAUUGCUGAAACUAAGGAGCAAGUUAACAAAGCUCUUAUGGCAAAAAUCUCAAGCGAGUCCUCACUCAAACAGUUUGAAAAACAAACAGUUGGAAUCCUAAAAGGAGACAACGUAGCGGACAAAGGUUUGAAAAGCAUUCUCACUUCAGUGGAGCCUGAGAAUGAAAAGAAGUGUGGAGAAGCAGAGGAGCAUGUUUCGAAAGAGGCAUCUGAUCAAAAGAAGGGUAAGGAAAAGGUCCCAGCAGCCGCCAUGAAAGUAGAUUCAUCAAAAGAGAAGGCUGACAAGGACUUGAAUAAACUCCAGAAAUAG